UGGUCAUUUCCACAACUGCAGUUACCCCUUUAACUUCCAUUUCCGCGCACUCUCGUCAUCGUGGCGCCGCAGUCUUAUCCAGUACCCAUCUUCUCCAUAAAAGCUCUCUGAUCCUCUUUCCCCCCACCACAAUCCCUUUCAAUUCCCUCACACGAACCCUAGCGAUCGUCGGAGAUGGGAGGAGGUUCCUCCAAAUGUCCCGGAGGUUUCAGCGGCGAUUUCGACAGCGAUAGUGGCAGCCAGCUCUAUGUCUCCCUCAAGAUAGAGAAUUUGAAAAUUAGAGAUGACCUAAUCCCCCAUGUAUUCGGCUCCAUUCCCAUCGUCGGCUCCUGGGAUUCCUCACGAUCGCUGUCCAUGGAGCGGGAAUCCGCGUUGACGUGGGAGUUGAGCUUCGUUGUGCCGCCGAACCAUGGAACACUGGUUUUCAAGUUCUUGUUGAAAUCCAAGGAGAUGGAGAGUAUGUACGUAGUGGAGGAAGGGGAAGAUAGGUUGCUCACUGGUGGGAAGUUGGAGGGUGGAGCUAGAGCGGCGGUGUUCAGGCUUCCUGGAUGUUGUGAUGAGGAGCUGCUAGAGUAUAAGGUGUUUGUGAUUGCUGACAUUGUUUCGCCGUUUGAUCUGGCGGCGAGCUGGAGGGCUUACAAGGAGAAUCUCAGGCCUUCUACUGUCCGGGGGGUUCCUGACAUCUGCAUCAAUGCGGCUCCCGAAGGAGGAUCAGAGAAUGUUUCAGCAGCCAGUCUGGAGCUUGACUUAGAACGCUAUGUUGUUCCUUCACCAACCUGUUCAACUACUGAUGUUUAUGCAGCUAAUUUGACUGAGGCUCCAAGAUCACUGGCUCAUAAUAGUGUAUUCACCAAAUGCGAUGCCUCCGGUGGUUCUCCUAAGUCAAGCGAAGUGGAAUUCCAUACGGCUAAUCAUAUUGCUUCUGAGAAAGUUUUUACUGACAUAGGGAAUUUGCUGAAUCCUUCAAAAGUUUCUCUAAAUUCUGUUAUGGCUAAUAAAGGGUCAGAUGGUAUGUUUUCUCCUUUGGUAAAGCAAGGCGGUCAAAGGGCACACUCUGUAGAUUGUGGUUUUGGCUCUCCUAGGUUUAUUAAAUCAGCCACUGCAAAUGGCUUCUUAAGUGAUCUAAAGUAUUCGGAAGCGAAGGCAAUGCCAGCAGCAGCAGGAGCGGUUGCUGCAGCAGCUGUUGCUGAUCAGAUGCAGGGGCCAAAAGAAGAUCAAUGUCUGGCAAUUGUUCUGGUUGGCCUGCCAGCUCGAGGAAAGACUUUUACGGCCGUCAAACUUACAAGAUAUCUGCGAUGGUUAGGUCAUGAAACCAAACAUUUCAAUGUUGGCAAGUAUCGUCGUCUGAAGCAUGGAGUGAAUCAGGCUGCUGAAUUUUUUCGAGGGGACAAUCCAGAAGGUGUGGAAGCACGCAAUGAGGUUGCAGCCUUAGCAAUGGAUGAUAUGAUAUCUUGGAUGCAGGAAGGUGGUCAGGUUGGUAUAUUUGAUGCCACCAAUAGCACCAAACGACGAAGAAAUAUGAUAAUGAAAAUGGCCGAAGGAAAAUGCAAGAUUAUAUUUUUGGAGACAAUUUGUAAUGAUGAACGCAUAAUUGAAAGAAAUAUUCGUCUAAAAAUCCAACAAAGCCCUGAUUAUGAAGAAGAGACUGAUUUUGAAGCUGGAAUACGGGACUUCAAGGAACGACUAGCCAAUUAUGAAAAGGUCUAUGAACCUGUAGAAGAAGGUUGCUAUGUAAAGAUGAUAGACAAAGUCAGCGGAAAUGGUGGGCAGAUACAAGUGAACAAUAUCAGUGGAUAUCUUCCUGGUCGGAUUGUCUUCUUCUUGGUGAAUACUCAUCUUACACCCCGCCCUAUUCUGCUAACUCGACAUGGUGAAAGCCAAGAUAAUGUUAGAGGAAGAAUUGGCGGUGAUGCAAUUUUGAGUGAAGCAGGGGAGGUUUACUCAGGAAAACUUGCCAACUUUAUAAAUAAACGACUGCAAUCGGAAAAGACGGUUUCUAUAUGGACAAGCACACUUCAGCGAACAAUAUUAACAGCCACUCCAAUUGUUGGAUUUCCCAAGAUACAAUGGCGUGCUCUUGAAGAGAUAAAUGCUGGGGCAUGUGAUGGAAUGACUUAUGAAGAGAUAAAAAGGAACAUGCCUGAUGAAUAUGAAUCUCGUCAGAAAGAUAAGCUGCGUUAUCGUUAUCCUCGUGGUGAAUCAUAUCUUGAUGUCAUACAAAGGCUCGAACCUGUAAUUAUUGAGCUUGAGAGACAGCGGGCACCUGUAGUGGUUAUCUCUCACCAGGCUGUGUUGAGAGCCUUAUAUGCCUACUUUGCAGACAGGCCUUUAAAGGAAAUCCCCCAAAUUGAGGUCCCACUUCAUACCAUAAUAGAGAUCCAGAUGGGAGUGACUGGUGUCCAAGAGAAACGAUACAAGCUUAUGGAUUGAGUUUUGCUUAGGAUAUAUACAUAACAGAUCAAGAAAUCUGUUAUUGCCUUUUCUGUUUGUGUGUAAAUGUUCAUGUUAGGUUGCACUUAUUUCACAAUCUUCUUCAUUUUCCUUACUCGUGUCAUUUGUUAACACUAGUAUUUUGUGACAACUCCUUGUGUAAAAAGUAUCUUCUUCUUCUUUUUCUAAUUAAGCAUAUAUAGUCUUGUUUUCAUUAUAA